GUUAGGGAAGUCAUUGCCGCACAAAAUAUUCAAGUUUACCAAUGUCCAACUGAAAGUGAUGAUGAGACAAGCACUAAACGAAAUAUGGAUAUUAUGGCUGCUAUGCCAUUUGCAAUCAUUGGUAGUGACGAAGAUGUCAUUGCCCUUGAUGGUCGCAAGGUAAAAGGAAGACAAUACAGUUGGGGUAUCGCCGAAGUCGAAAAUGAAGAUCAUUGUGAUUUUAGAAAGCUCCGGGCUCUUCUUAUUAGAACACACAUGUUAGAUCUUGUUUCUACUACCGAAGAAAUACAUUAUGAGAAUUAUCGUCAAUCACAGAUGGAAACCAGGAAGUUUGGUGAACCUAAACCAAAGAAACUUGAUAAUCCUAAAUUCAAAGAAGAAGAAGAAGCUCUUCGAAAGAGAUUCACAGAGCAAGUUAAACAGGAAGAAAAUCGCUUCCGACAAUGGGAACAACAUCUUAUUGCUGAGCGUGAUCGUCUUAAUAAAGAUUUAGAGGCAGAACAUUCUCAUAUUAAAACUUUGGAAGCUGACUUGGAACAGAUCCAAGCUGGAACGUCCAGAGGUAGAAAGUAG